AUGGGAAACAUUGUUUCAGUGACUGAAGUCCUGCGCUGCUUGGGCAUCCCGUCCCAGGUCGUCACCAACUACUACUCAGCUCAUGACAAUGAUGGAAACCCGAAGACCGACAUAAUCCUGGAUGAAAAUGGCAGGAUCGAUCGAAACAGAACCAGGGACUCUAUCUGGAACUAUCACUGCUGGAACGAGUGCUACAUGUCCAGACCGGACCUCCCUGCUGGCUUUGGAGGCUGGCAAGUUGUGGAUGCAACACCACAGGAGACCAGUGAUGGCAUGUACAGAUGUGGACCUGCAUCAGUCCAGGCCAUCAAGCACGGACAGAUCUGCUUCCCAUUUGAUGCUGCCUUUGUGUUUGCCGAGAUUAACAGCGAUGUGGUUUUUUAUUCCCGGAGUAAAGAUGGAACAAUGGCACCAGUUAAGGUGAACCGGACUCAUGUAGGCCGCCUGGUUUUGACCAAAUCUCCAGGAAAUGUGACCCGCCGUGACAUCACAGAUCAAUACAAAUUCUCUGAAGAUGUGAGAGAGCUGGUGGUGGUGGAGUCAAAGAGCUACAUGAAGCGUCUGGUGGAACAGGCAAACCUCCACUUUAUUGUUACGGGGAAGAUCAGAGAGACCGGUCAAAUCAUCACUGCGAUGAAAGUCGUCACCCUGCAGAACCCCAAGCUAAUCGUCAGGGUGUCUAGUGGAGGCAAAGUGAAUGAAGAGAUGAUAGUGUCUGUGGAGUUUACGAACCCCUUCAGUUUCAGCCUUGAAGGUGUCUACAUUCGCAUGGAAGGACCGGGGAUGAUGACGCCAAAGUCCCAGUAUUACAGUCUGAUUACAGGAGGCUCUUCUCUGACCUGGACCGAGUAUUUCACCCCAGAGAGGGCUGGCACAAGCAGGGUGAUUGCUACUCUGGACUGUCCUGCACUCCGGCAGGUCUACGGCCAGGCAUCUGUCACCAUCAAGCCCUGAGAACUGCCACAUGAUCACAGAUGACCAGCAUUAUUUAGCCUCAGUUACUCUUCGACCAAAUAUGGGCCUAUAUCAUAGUUAUGCAACUCCAGUUUUUGAACUAUAUAGCUUCAGUAUUGCAGAUAUUUUUUAAAGGCUGCAGAGACAAUAGCUAUUUCAAUAGCUAGUUAGCUAGAUAUCUACGAUUUUAAAAAUAGAUUCAGUAAUCUAAUGAAACACAAAGAGGAUUGACCUUUUUGUGAUAUACAGAUAUGUGUAUAAGAAGUUAUCUUUCUGACCAGAAGUACAUUUAAAUAGUUCAAUUUUAGAGCUAAGCUUAUCAGUUUUUGGCCAGUAGGGGGCAGACCUACCCUACCUUACGCUAGCCUUGUAAAGCUGAUUUAGUUGUUGACAAAAACUGCCCACU